AUGGCCCUGGUUCUGUGGGUCUUUGGUCUGCUGGGCUCAGCCCUCUCAGUGUGGGCCAACAUCUUUGAAUACCAGGUGGACGCGCAGCCUCUCCGCCCGUGCGAGCUGCAGCGGGAGAGGGCCUUUCUGGAGCAGGCCGACUUUGUUCCUCAGUGCUCUGCAGAUGGCAGCUUCUGGACUGUCCAGUGCAGGAAGGAUGGCCAGGCCUGUUGGUGUGUGGGUGUCGACGGCAGGGAGGUGCCCGGCAGCAAACAGUCUGGGCGGCCGAUGUCUUGUCUGUCCUUCUGUCAGCUGCAGAGAAAGCAAAUCUUGGAGAGCAGCUAUGUCAACAGCACGGCCACAUCCUACCUGCCCCAGUGUCAAGAUUCAGGGGACUAUGAGCCUGUCCAGUGUGACAUAUGGCAGCUGCAUUGCUGGUGUGUGGAUUUGGAGGGAAUGGAGGUGUACGGGACCCGCCAGAGGGGCAGACCACUGAGCUGUCCCAGAAGCUGUGAGAUAAGAAACCGCCGUAUUCUCCAUGGGGUGGGGGACAAGUCACCCCCACAGUGUUCUGCGGAGGGAGAGUUCAUGCCCGUCCAGUGCAAGUUUGUCAACACCACAGACAUGAUGGUUUUUGAUUUGGUCCAGAGCUACAACAGGUUUCCAGAUGCAUUUGUGACCUUCAGGUCCUUCCGGAGCAAGUUCCCUGAGGUGUCUGGGUAUUGUCACUGUGCCGACAGUCAGGGGCGGGAACUGGCAGAGACAGGUUUGGAACUGUUACUGGAAGAGAUUUACGACACUGUUUUCGCUGGUCUGGAUCUUGCUUCCACCUUUGCUGAGACCACCCUGUACCGGAUACUGCAGAGACGGUUCCUAGCCAUCCAAUUAGUCAUCUCCGGCAGAUUCCGAUGCCCCACAAAAUGUGAAGUGGAACAGUUUACAGCAACCAGCUUUGGUCACCCCUACAUUCCAACCUGCAGCCGAAAUGGGGACUACCAGGCAGUGCAGUGCCAACAGGGAGGGCCGUGCUGGUGUGUGGACGCCCAGGGAAAGGAGAUCCGCGGGACUCGGCGGCAAGGGAGCCGGCCAUCUUGUGCUGAAGACCAAUCCUGUGUGUCACAAAGGCGGCAGGCCUUGUCCAGACUCUACUUUGGGCCUUCUGGCCACUUCAGCCAGCACAAUUUGUUUUUUUCUCCUGAGGAAAGACAGGCUUCUCAGAGAGUGUCUGGAUUCUCCACAUCUUGCCCACCUCUGUUCAGGGAGCUGCUUAUUGACUCUGGCCUUCUCCGCCCCACGGUGGGAGGGCAGGAUAAAGAAUUCCCUGCCCCACAAAGUCUUCUCAAAGAGGCCAUCAGGGCGAUAUUCCCCUCCAGAGACUUGGCUCGUCUUGCCCUUCGCUUUACCACCAACCCCAAGAGACUCCAGCAAAACCUCUUUGGAGGAAAAUUUUUGGUGAAUGCUGGCCAGUUUAACUUGUCUGGAGCCCUUGGCACAAGAGGUACAUUUAACUUCAGUCAAUUUUUCCAGCAACUUGGCUUCCCAAGCUUUAAGAGUAGAGAAGGAUUUGUGGACUUAACCAAGCAACUCUCUGUGGGACCUGAUUUAAACCUUGCCACAGAAACCCCUGAAGCUUUUGAGAAGGCUAUGAAGCUGCCACUUGUAGGCAGCUUUGGCUUCAAAGUUAACUUACAGGAGAACCAAAAUGCUCUGAAAUUCCUCGCUUCUCUCCUGGAACUUCCAGAAUUCCUUCUCUUUUUGCAGCAUGCUAUUUCUGUGCCAGAGAAUGUAGCCCGGGAUUUAGGGGAUGUGAUGGAAAUGGUACUCAGCUCCCAGGCCUGUGAGCAGCCACCCAGAAAGCUUUUUGUCCCAUCAUGCACAGAAGAAGGAAGCUACAAGGAUGUCCAGUGCUCUGCUGGGGAGUGCUGGUGUGUGGAUUCCUGGGGCAAAGAACUUCCUGGCUCAAGAGUUAGUGGUGGACAACCCAGGUGCCCCACGGAGUGUGAAAGGCAAAGGUCACGAAUGCAAAGCCUCAUGGGUAGCCAGCCUGCUGGGUCCAGCCUACCUGUCCCUUCUUGCACCAGUGAGGGGCAUUUCCUACCUGUUCAGUGCUUCAACUCAGAGUGCCACUGUGUGGACAUGCAGGGCCAGGCUAUCCCUGGAACUCGAAGCGUAACUGGAGAGCCCAAGCAAUGCCCUACCCGCUGUCAGUUGCAGGCAGAGCAAGCUUUCCUGAGGACGGUCCAGUCCCUGUUCACCAACUCCAGCCUGCCACCUGCUCUCUCCAGCGUCUAUGUUCCACAGUGCAGUGCCAAUGGGCAGUGGAGACGUGUGCAAUGCAGUGGGCCCCCUGAGCAGGUCUUUGAGUGGUACCAACGAUGGGCAGCUGAGAACAACAGUGGCCAGGAGCUGGUCCCUGCAGAGCUGCUGAAGAUGAUCGUGAGCUAUAGAGAAGUGGCUUCCAAAAGCUUCCGCCUUUUUAUCCGAGGCCUGUACGAGGCUGGCCAGCAAAACGUCUUCCCAGUGCUGGCGAGAUACUCUGCUUUCCACGACAUUCCAUGGGCAGCAUUGGAAGGCAACCUGACCCAGCCUGGAGGGAACAUCCUCCUGGAGCCCUUCCUCUUCUGGCAGAUCCUAAAUGGCCAGCUCAGUCGGUACCCGGGGCCCUACUCAGAUUUCAGCACUCCUGUGGACCACUUUGAACUUCGAAGCUGCUGGUGUGUGGACGAGGCUGGUCAAGAACUGGAAGGCACUUGGGCUGAGCCAAGCAAGGUGCCAGCGUGCCCUGGCUCCUGUGAGGAAGCGAAGGUUCGUGUCCUGCAGUUCAUUGAGGAAGCAGAAGAAAUCAUCUCAGCUUCCAACCGCUCUGGCGCCCCUCUGGGAGAGAUCUUCCUAGCCUCCAAGGGAAUCCAGCUGACCAAUGAGGAGCUCUCCCUUUCCCCGACCUUCUCCUUCCGGGAGAUGGUCUCUGAGAAGUUUCUGAGUGGGAGUGAUUAUGCCCUGCACUUGGCGGCCCAGUCCGCCUUGACCUUCUAUCAGAGACGCGGUGCUUCCCUGGGUGACUUGUCAGGAGCAGCUGCCCUUCCGAACAAUGGCCCCUACGUGCCACAAUGCGAUGCCUUUGGGAGCUGGGCCCCCAUGCAGUGCUACGCCGGGACUGGGCACUGCUGGUGUGUGGACAGGAAUGGAGAGUACAUCCCUGCCUCCCUGGCUGCCCGCUCCCCAAACAUCCCGCAGUGCCCCACGACCUGUGAGAAAUCUCGAGCCAAUGGGCUGAUUUCCAACUGGAAGCAGGCACCAUCUCCAGGAAACCCAUCUCCAAAAGACCUGUUCAUCCCAACCUGCCUAGAGACAGGAGAAUAUGCCCCGCUGCAGAUGUCUGAGGCUGGCAUCUGGUGUGUGGACCCAGUGACAGGAGAAAGGAUGCUACGGGACACAGGCAGCAGUGCCCAGUGUCCAAGCCCCUGUGAGGCACUCAGGAGCAGAGUCCUGGAGAGGAGAGUUGGUCCAGGCUAUAUCCCAGCCUGUGAGGCAGAGGACGGACGCUUCUCCCCAGUGCAGUGCGACCCAGCCAGCGGCAGCUGCUGGUGUGUCCUGGGCAGCGGAGAGGAGGUGCCUGGGACUCGCGUGGCGGGGAGCCAGCCUGCCUGUGAGAGCCCUCAGUGCCCACUCCCGUUCAGCAUGGCAGGUGUUGCGGGCGGAGUGGUCCUGUGUGGGGCGGCCUCAGGCCAGGGGGCCGCCGCCAUGCAACAGUGCCAGCUGAGGUGCCGUCCCGGCUACUGGAGUGCCUUCCCGCCGAGGCCCCUGCUGUGCAGCGCGGAGAGCGGACGCUGGGUGGCAGAGCUGCCCCAGCCCCGGGCCUGCCAGAGGCUCCGGCCAUGGCAGACUGUCCACACCAAAGUGCAGUUCCAGCUCCGGCUCCCACAGGGCAAGAUGUGCAGCGCCGACUAUGCAGGCCUGCUGCGGGCCUUCCAGGUCUUCCUGCUGGAUGCGCUGACAGCACGUGGCUUCUGUCAAAUCCAGGUAAACACUUUUGGGAUCCCAGUUUCCAUUCCUGUCUGCGAUGACUCCACAGUGCAGGUGGAGUGUCUGACGGUGGAGCGUUUAGGAGUGAACGUGACAUGGAAAUCUCGGCUGGAGGACAUCCCAGCAGCCUCGCUUCCUGGCUUGCAUGACAUUGAGGAGGCCUUAGUGGGCAAGAAUCUUGUUGGGGGCUUUGCAGAUCUGAUCCAAAGAGGUGAGCUCCAGCUUCAUCUGGAUUCUAAGACAUUCCCAGCAGACACCUCCAUUCGCCUCCUCCAAGGGGACCAGUUUGGCAGCUCUCCCAGAGCACAGUUUGGGUGCUUGGAAGGAUUUUACAGAGUCUCAGCCACCAACAAAUCCAGUCAGGAUUCACUGGGAUGCGUUAAAUGUCCUGAAGGAAGCUAUUUUCAGGAUGAACAGUGUGUUCCUUGUUCCAUCGGAUUCUACCAGGAACAAGCCGGUAGCUCUGCCUGUGUCCCGUGUCCUGUGGGCAGAACGACCUUGUCUGCUGGGGCUUUCAGCCAGGCUCACUGUGUCACCGACUGUCAGAGGAAUGAGGCAGGCCUGCAGUGUGACCAGGACGGCCAGUACCGUGCACACCAGACAGACAGGGGCAGUGGGAAGGCUUUCUGUGUGGACCGCGAGGGCCAGAGGCUGCCUGGAUCAGAAACAGAAGUGCCACUCAUGGAAUCUCAGUGCCUAAUGAUGCGAGAAUUUGAGAGGGUUCCAGAAUCUAAGGUGAUCUUCAGUGCCGACGUUCCUGUCACAGUCAGGUCCAAAGUCCCUGGUUCAGAGCUCCCACUGAUGCAGUGCUUGGCAGACUGUGUGGAGGAUGAGGCCUGCAGCUUCCUCACAGUGUCAACAGGGGGACCAGAAGUCUCAUGUGAAUUCUAUGUUGGGACAGAUGACAGCAUCGUCUGUACAACUUCUGAUCAGGAAGAAAACACGCUGGGGAAUGUGGUGGCCACCAGCUUCAGGAGUCUUAGGUGCCAGGUGAAAGUGAGGCGCCAGGACCGCGGCUCUCUGGCUGUGUAUUUGAAACAGGGACAGAAAAUCACCACCACAAGUCAGAAAAGCUUUGAACAAACUAAUUUCCAAAACACGCUCUCCGGAAUGUACAGCCCCUUCGUGUUCUCAGCUUCAGGAGCCAACGUGACUGAUGCACGGCUCUUCUGUCUUCUUACAUGUGACCGGGACCCAUGCUGCGAUGGCUUCAUCCUCACACAGGUCCCAGGAGGCCCCAUCAUCUGUGGGUUGCUGAGCUCCCCCAACAUCCUACUAUGCAAUGUCGAAGACUGGAGGGAUGCCCUGGAAGCCCAGGCUGCUAACGCUACAUGUCCUGGUGUGACCUAUGACCAGGGGAGCCACCAAGUGACACUGCGUCUGGGAGGCCAGGAGUUCAAGAGUCUGACACCCCUGGAUGGAACUCAAGACACCUUUUCUAGUUUCCAGCAGGUGUAUCUCUGGAAAGAUUCUGACAUGGGGUCUCGAUCUGAGUCUCUUGGAUGUAGGAAAGACAUGGCACCAAGGCCAGUGUCUCCAACGGAAACAGAUUUGACAGCAGAGCUUUUCUCCCCCGUGGACCUUAACCAGAUCAUUGUCAAGGAAAACCAACACCUGCCCAGCCAGCAGCACUGGCUUUUCAAACACCUCUUUCCACCCCAGCAAGCAAACCUGUGGUGUCUCUCUCGCUGUGUCCAGGAACCCUCCUUCUGUCAGCUCGCAGAGAUAACAGAAAGCACACCCUUGUACUUCACCUGCACCCUUUACCCAGAAGCCCAGGUGUGUGAUGAGGUCAUGGAGUCCAGUCCCAAGGGCUGCAGAGUGAUCCUGCCGCACAGACCAAAGACACUCUUCCGGAAGAAAGUUGUACUGAAAGAUAAAGUGGAGAACUUUUACACUCGCCUGCCGUUCCAAAAGCUAACUGGGAUUUCCAUUAGAAGCAAAGUGCCCAUGUCUGAGAAGGCCAUUUCUAAUGGGUUCUUUGAGUGUGAGCGGCUGUGUGAUGCGGAUCCAUGCUGCACUGGUUUUGGAUUUCUCAAUGUUUCCCAGUCAAAAGGAGGAGAGGUGACUUGCCUGACCCUAAGUAGCUUGGGACUUCAGACAUGCAGUGAGGAGAAUGGAGGAGGCUGGCGCAUUUUAGACUGUGGUUCUCCUGACAUUGAAGUCCACACCUAUCCCUUUGGAUGGUACCAGAAACCUGGUAAACAAAACCACGCCACAUCUGGUUGCCCAGUCCUUGCUUGGCCUUCCUUGGCUUCAAGAUUCUCUCUGGACAUGUGGCAGCCCAUAGCCCUCUCUUCAGUCACUGUUGAUCCAUCCACCCGGCACUUUGACGUUGCCCACAUCAGCACUGCUGCCACCAGGGACUUCUCGGCUGCCCGAGACCUCUGUUUAUUGGAAUGUUCCCAUCACCAGGCCUGCAUCACCACCACUCUGCAGAUCCAACCUGGGGUUGUGAGAUGUAUGUUCUAUGCUGACACCCAGAGCUGCACACACAGUCUUCAGGGCCAGAGCUGCCGACUGUUGCUCCGUGAGGAGGCCACCCUCAUCUACCGGAAGCUGGGCAUCCCUCUGUUCAGCAUUGAGGUGUCUGCACCUUCUGUGACCAUUGCCGCCCACGGCCAGCUGCUGGGAAGGUCUCAGGCCAUCCAGGUGGGCACUGCAUGGAAACAGGUCAACCAGUUCCUUGGAGUCCCGUAUGCUGCCCCGCCCCUCUCAGAGAGACGCUUCCAGGCCCCGGAGCCCUUGAACUGGACUGGUUCCUGGGAUGCCACCAAGCCACGGGCCAGCUGCUGGCAGCCAGGAGCCAGAACACCUGCAUCCCCUGGAGUCAGCGAAGACUGCUUGUAUCUCAACGUGUUUGUCCCUGAAAGCAUGGCCCCCAAUGCCUCGGUGCUAGUCUUCUUCCACAACACCAUGGAAGGCAAAGGGAGAGAGGGACAGCUGCCCAUUGAUGGCUCCUUCCUGGCUGCUGUUGGCAACCUCAUCGUGGUCACUGCCAGCUACCGAGUGGGCAUCUUUGGCUUCCUGAGUUCCGGGUCCAGUGAGGUGAAUGGAAACUGGGGACUGAUGGACCAGGUAGCAGUGCUGACCUGGGUACAGACCCACAUUGGAGGAUUUGGUGGAGACCCUGGGCACGUGUCCCUGGCAGCUGACCGCAGUGGGGCUGACGUGGCCAGCAUCCACCUUCUCACCACCAGGGCUGUGGACACCAGACUCUUCCGAAGGGCUGUGCUGAUGGGAGGCUCUGCCUUCUCACCGGCCGCUGUCACCAGCCAUGAGAGGGCACAGCAGCAGGCAGCUGCUUUGGCGAAGGAGGUCGGCUGUCCCAUCUCUCCCAGCCAAGACCUGGUGUCCUGCCUCCGCCAGAAGCCCGCCAGCGUCCUCAAUGAUGCCCAGACCAAGCUCCUGGCUGUGAGUGGCCCUUUCCACUACUGGGGUCCCGUGGUUGAUGGCCAAUAUCUCCAUGAGGCACCGGCCCGGGCACUGCAGAGAGCCCCAUGGGCGAAGGUCGAUCUGCUCAUUGGCAGUUCUCAGGAUGACGGGCUCAUCGACAGAGCCAAAGCCAUUAAGCAAUUUGAAGAAAGUCAGGGUAGGACCAGCAGCAAAACGGCCUUCUACCAGGCACUGCAGAACUCCCUGGGUGGCGAGGAUGCGGACCCCAGCGUGGUGGCUGCCGCGACGUGGUAUUACUCCCUGGAGCACUCCGUGGACGAUUACGCCUCCUUCUCCCGGGCCCUGGAGAACGCCACCCGGGACUACUUCAUCAUCUGCCCUGUGAUCGACAUGGCGAGGCACUGGGCAAGGCAGGCCCGAGGGACUGUCUUCAUGUACUAUGUUCCCCGAAGCUACGGGCACAGCAGCCUGGAACUGCUGGCAGACGUGCAGUACGCCCUGGGACUCCCUUUCCACCCGGCCCACGAGGGGACGUUCACUCAGGAGGAGAAAAGCCUGUCACUAAAAGUCAUGCAGUACUUUUCCAACUUCAUCAGAUCUGGAAAUCCCAACUACCCUCAUGAGUUCUCCCGGAGAGCACCGGAGUUCGCAGCCCCUUGGCCCAACUUCCUCCCGCAUGCGGAUGGAGAGAACUACAAGGAGCUCAGCUCCACGCUCCCCACUCGGCAGAGCCUGAAGGAAGCUGACUGCUCCUUCUGGUCCAAGUACAUCCAGUCUCUGAAGGCGUCAGCAGAUGGAGCCAAGGACCCACAGUCAGCCAAGGGUGAAGAGGAGGUAUUGCCAGCAGACACUGGGCUGAGUGAAGACCUCCCAGAGCCAGGCUCCAAGACCUAUAGCAAGUGA